GGGAGGACGUGCGGGCACUGAGGUUUACUCUCGGACGAAUCUGCCAAGCGGUUGAUUUUGGUUGUGCAGCUGGGUGAGAUUGUCGCGCGUGUCGCAACGCCGGUUCCGACGUCUUUACCGUGGGAAGGUAGACGUAUACUCUCAACCACUCUUCACAUUGCGGUCGCGCUACCGAAGGCCCUUUCAAUCCGCCACCGCAAGCCUUCUUUCCUUCUUCCUUCUCACGCACCCGCAACAAUCACAACAACGCCGAACGCCACAACCUCAAACCUCAAACCUCAUUGAUCUCUUCCCAACAACAUGGCGCCUAACCCACACCGCACUCCGCGCAUACCCGACAGCUUCGUGCGGGGCUACCACUCCGAGGCAGCCUUCGCUUUCUCCCCUUCCGACGCAGAAGCCAUCGUCCGCGCUACACCCUACCACCGCAAGGACUUCGACAAAGCUGUCAUCUAGUUCCCGGAGAGCCAGCACGACAAAGUCAGCGCCUCUCCUGCCACCGUCUUCCAGCGUGCGUCCGAAGCUGACACUCCGGCCACUAAUAGCGGGCUCGGACAACUGGAGAAGCUGCCGCUUGAGCUCAUCUUCAUGGUCAUUUUGCGCAUGGACAUGAAUACGCUGGUUCACUUCCGCCAGGUGAGCCUCCGCGCUCGAGAGGUCGUUGGUUUACUCCACGAGUACCGCAUCAUCGCUUCCUCGGCAUUGAACUGUUUCUGCGCAUUGUUGCGCACCAGCGCGGC